AUGUCUUCUUUGGAGGAGUGCUCAGGAAUGGAAAUAGACUCCAAAGACUGGGAAAAAGAUGAAUAUCAGUGCUGCUCAGAAGAUCCAGCCAGAAGUCCCCUGGAGGCAAGCUUGAGUCAACCUUCCAUGAGUUCUAUGCACUCAAGUUCAAAAGUGAAAGUCAAGGACCCACAGAAAUUCAGUAUUCGUGAUGGAGAUCAGAAUGUGGUGGUCCUGGACUGUGGGAACCUCUUAGCAGUUCCGAAGAAAAGCUACAUACUCUCAGAGACCUUCUUUGCAUUACCCUCACAUUUGAAAUCAGCCACUGCAGGGAAAGGAGAUCCAAUUCUCUUGGCUGUCUCUAAAGGGGAGCUCUGUCUAUGUUGUGACAAGGACAAAGGAAAAAGCCAUCCAUCCCUUCUCCUGAAGAAGAAGAAACUUAUGAAAUUAGCUGAUGAGAAGGAGGCAGUGCGCAAGCCCUUCAUCUUUUAUAAUGCCAAGGUGGGCUCUUUGCACACCUUGGAGUCAGCUGCCCACCGUGGCUGGUUCAUCUGUACCUCCUGCAAUUCUGGUGAACCUAUUGGAGUGACAGAUAAAGUUGGCCAAAAGAAACACAUUGAGUUUUUAUUUGAGAAAGUUUGCAAACCUGAAAUGAGUCCAUGA